CCAAGUAUAAAAGCACCUGUCUGCUCUCAGCGAUGGGAAAGCAGCAUCAAGGAAGAGGUCACGAUGUCUGUGUCUGUGUUCAUCUGCCUCCUGCUGCUGCCAUGUUUUCUUGAGGCAAAAUCCUUGAUGAAUAUCCUCAAACAGGAAGAUGUCGCUUCAGUCAGUAUCGACUCCAACAAGGCGAAUGAAUUCCUGUCCAGUUCUCGACCCAAACGCAGCAUCGAUCCACAUUGGCACCGGCAGACUCCAGACUUCCAGGCGUAUUACCGAUAUUACAGCAGCAUCGGACACACCGAGGGCUUGUACGAGAUUGACAGGAUCCGGAUGUUGUACCAGCAGAUGAGGCACUUGGAGCACGUCUACGGCCCGAACGCGUCCUACUACCAGAGCAAACUGGGACUUCCGGUUCUACCACCGCUUCCCAAAUGUGACCCUUCCAAAGACAAGAGCUGUAAGCAGGCUCCGCCCCCUGCCCCAGCCCCAGUUAAGGCGGCCGUGACUCCGCCCCUCACGCAGGCUGACGUCGUGUAUCUGUGCAACAGUAAAGACCCUCUGUGUAAGCCACACAUCGUCUACAUGCCCACCGGUGCUGUGCCGGUGCUGUGUGACCCGCGUUACCAUCCCAAUUGCAAGCUGGAGGCUCCGCCCCCUCCCCCACCCCCCUCCAAAAAGUCUGAGCCGGCCCCGCCCCCUCCACCAGCCCCUAUGCUCUUUAAGGCGAUGGAAUAUGACUGCGACCCUUACUGGGAUCCCGACUGCCUCAUCGACCACCCGCCGCGGCCCGUGAAGGGUAAAGUUCCUCCGCCUCCGGCACCCGUGCUGGACGAGGAUGAGCCGGAGCCGGAGCCGGUCCCCAUGCCCGUCAGCAAGAAACAACCACAUCCGUAUUAUUACACCCACCUUCAUCCCUACAACUACCGGUCUGAACUCUACGACCCGCUGCGACACGCGUAUCCUUCAGCCGAAGCGCCCGACAGCGUGUAGAGCCGUUGUCAUGUUUGUUUUCACUGUUUCAUGCAUUAUAAUUCAUGUUCAGAAACAUCAAUAAAACAUUGAGUAGUUUGAAUGGUUUUGUCCUGAAUCCAGUUGUGCUGAUUGUGACUGAAGUUCACUGCUGCAGGAAGCAGACGCUCGUGAAGCGCUUCACACUGAGAGUCUCUGGACUCAUAACGCAGCAGGUUUCAGAUCAUUAGCUGUAGCUUCACAGCUGUUUGUGUUUAAAGAAGUUUUUUCCAGCUGCUCAGCAUGUGCAAAAGACAAACACACACACACACACACACACACACACACACACACACACACACAAUCUGUCUAUUAACCCUUGUGUUUGUACUGAUUUUGGUGCAACCUAUUAAAACUGCUUUAUAAAUCUCAUGUGUGAAUCAGUAGAUUUUGUGUUAAUCUUUUUCAACUUAUUAAAAAUUAAGACUUCGGUUUGGAAGUUUUUGAUAGUUUGCAUCAGACAUGAUAACUGAGCUCAUAAAAUAGCAUCGUCUUUGGAUCACUUUCAUCUGGGAAAUAAAUAUUAAAAAAUAUCAAACAGUACUUUGUUUUAAUGAAUAACUAGUUUCUUUUAAAAUUCUAGUUUCCAAAAGAAAGCAGAACGAGA